UAGACCAUAUAUAAAUAACGAUAAACCGGAAUAAUUAUUAUAUGUAGAAACACUGCUUUGCUCUACUGUCUACAGUUAACAUGGCGGGUAAUGAAAGUGACAGCGAUUUAAAGCCAUCGAGUGUCGCAAUUAUACGAGAAGUUUACGAUAGUGAAAAUGCACACAUCAAAUUUGAAAUGGAAUUGGAAAGAGCACUUGAGGCCGGCGUGAGCGUUAUAGUUAUAGAACCGGAGUCUCUUGGAGAAGAAACCGCAAGGUGGAUUUAUGUAGGCAAUCUAUUGCAUAAAGUCUCUGUCUACAGUGGACUAUGUGGGAUUGCUUCUGGUUUAGCAUGGAGUUCCUUAGCUUGUGCACCCUUUGGUGUUGCAUCCAUUCUCUGUGCUGGUUGUUAUACACUCUCGUGGCAAUGGGAUCCAUGCUGCAAAUAUCAAGAGGAAAAAGAUCGCCGUCAUCUGUCUACCUUACCUAUAUUGAGUGACCUAACAUCUGCAUCUCCGGUUGUGCUAGUGCGCACUGACAACAGGCGGAAAAUAUAUUUACAUAGCUCAGUUUCUAUAGCGGCAGCUGCAAUAUGCUUAUGGAGACUUUAUGAAACAUUCAAAUAAAUUAAACAGUUCAACAGAACAUCCUUAUGCCAAGACAUGCUUAACUAGGUUAAUCUUGUUCUCAAAUAUGAAGUAGGUAGUACUAUUUUUGAAGCUUACUAGUAAAUAUUGCAAUUAUAUUAAAUGGUAGGAAGCAGUGUAAAAAUGUUAUAAUAAUAGUUUUAGAUAAAGAUUCUGUACAAAAGAUAUUUUCAUUAUAUAAUAUAACUAGGGUAAACAAUAAACAUGGAAUGAAAUCAGUUAAUUACUGAAAAUAAUUAUAGUUGGCAAGGAAAUAACCAAUUUUAAUGCAAUAAAAUAUGUUCCAAGA